CUCGACAACGGACAGCGAUCGAGGGACAGAACCGGGAAAAAGAUAUAAAAACACGAAAACCUAACCUUCGACGUCCGGGUCGUGGCGGCAGAUGAGUGAUAUUUUGAUCGUGGCAGUUUAACGGACUUCAGCCGCGACCGAUUGCAAGAGCAUCUCGGUUUAGCUCAAAUUGCGAGGAGAAUGGACGAGGAGAUGGAUGCCGUGAACGAGGAAGUUUCACCGGAGGGAGCCUUGGACGAGGAGGAGAUGGUGACGAGCGAGACGGAGGAGAAAGCCGACAAAGAAUCGGUGGAGAUUCAGAAUGAGGAUGAUGACGACGACGACGACGACGAGGAUGACGAUGACGAGGACGAGGACGUCGACGAGGCGGAGGCGAAGUCCUUGGAAGCUUCCCUAUCAACGAAUCCGUAUGACUACGCCAGCCAUGUGGCUCUGAUCAACAAAUUGCACGCGAUGGGCGAGCUUGACCGUCUGCGAGCCGCCAGGAACAACAUGAGCAACAUAUAUCCGCUCAGCCCCGAGCUCUGGCUCGUUUGGAUAAGCGACGAGAUCAAGCUGGCGACCACCGACGAGCAGAAGGCUGAGAUAGUCGAACUGUGCGAGCGAGCUAUCAAGGAUUACGUAUCCGUGGAAGUGUGGUUGGAGUAUUUGCAGUUCAGCAUUGGAUACAUGGGCAAGGAUGAGGAGAAAGUGCGCCGACUCUUCGAACGUGCGCUGGCUGCCGUCGGAAUGCACGUCACGAAGGGGGCGAUAAUAUGGGAAGCGUAUCGCGAGUAUGAGAACAUAGUACUCCUUUCACAAUUGCCAUCGGAUGACGAUCCCGAAAAUGAAAGGAAGAAGGCUCAAUUGGAGCGCAUCGUCGGUUUAUUUAAACGUCAAUUAUCUAAUCCUCUUUUGGACAUGGAUAAAACAUACGAGGAAUACCAGUCGUGGUGCGCAAACUACGGUACGGAAGUAGAAACUGAUGAGAAGUCCAUUUUGAAGUGCUACAAACAGAAUUCCGCAAAAUUGGCAUCGUACCUCCCUUACGAGGAGAAGCUUAUCUCUGCACAAGGCCAAAGUGAACUGCUUGACGCUUAUAAAGGAUACUUAUUGUACAUAAAGCAAAACAACUUUGAUCUCAUUGCGAUUCUGUAUGAGAGGGCAAUAACUGAUCUAAGCUUAGAAAUGUCGAUCUGGCUGGAUUAUAUUACUUAUCUGGAAAAGGACUCGAGGCUCGCGCGCGUACUGGAUCCGAUUUAUCAGAGAGCGUCGAGGAACGUUUCUUGGUGCUCGACAGUUUGGCAAAAGUGGAUGCGAUCGUACGAGGAAUGGAACAAACGCAUAUCGGAAAUACAAACGAUAUUGGAGAACGCCUUGUCCGUUGAUUUCCCAACGGCGGAAGACUAUCGCAAUCUGUGGAUUACGUAUCUCGAAUGUCUGCGGCGCAGACUCGACCAAUAUCCUGACGACGGUGAAGAGAGGGACAAGUAUCUCGAUGUUAUUCGUAAAACGUUUAACCGAGCGUGCGAGCACUUGGCGAAGUAUUUCGGCCUGGACGGCGAUCCCAGUUGCGCUAUCUUGCAAUAUUGGGCGAGAUUUGAAGCGAUACACGCGGAUAACAUGGAGCAGAGUAGAAAAUUGUGGGCUGAUAUUCUUUCGCAGCAUUCUGCAACAGCUUCCUACUGGCUGGAAUAUAUAGUGCUAGAAAAAUGUUACGGAGAUUCCAAGCAUCUAAGGAAACUGUAUCAGAAAGCCUUGAGUUCCACGCAAGAUUGGCCAGAAAGUAUAGCGAAUUCGUGGAUAGAUUUUGAGCGUGAUAAAGGUACUUUGGAGCAAAUGGAAUUCUGUGAAGCGAGAACGAAGGAGAGGCUCGAUAAAGUUGUGGCAGAGAGACAAAAGGCGCAGCAACUUCUUUCGCAGAGCGAAUCGUCCGCGCAAGAUAAGAAAGCGGCGAGUAAGAGGAAGGCAGAUGACGGUAAGUGGAAAAAUUUAGGAAGCUCGCCGUCGAAAAUCGUGAAAACGGACGUGCGAGUGAAAUCAAAACGAGCAAGUACCUUGAAUAUUGACGGUAAAACAACGAAUGAGCAAGACAAAUCGAAAUCAGAACCACCGCCCGGUUAUAAAACGAUCGAGGAUAAAGACACAGACGAUAGAGACAGUCAGCACAAAAUGGACGACAGUAUUACCAUUUUUAUCAGUAAUUUAGAUUACAACACAACCGAAGACGACGUAAGAGAUGCUCUAAAAUCCAUUGAACCGAUCACAUUAUUCAGAAUGAUUAAGGAUCACAAGGGACGUAGCAAAGGAUUCUGCUAUGUGCAAUUAAGUAGCGCAGAAACUGUGAACGAAGCUUUGAAAUUGGAUAGGACGCUUGUGAAAGGACGACCUAUGUACAUUUCAAAAUGUGAUUCUAACAAGGACACCAGAUGUUCAGUAUUCAAAUAUAGCUCUACGCUUGAAAAGAACAAACUCUUUGUUAGAGGAUUUCCACUUACGACAACGGAAGAGGAACUGAAGGAGAUAUUUAAGGUUCACGGAGAACUGAAGGAAGUUCGCCUAGUUACUUACCGUAAUGGGCACUCGAAAGGAUUGGCUUAUGUCGAGUAUCACGAUGAAGCGACCGCUGCGAAAGCCCUUCUGAACACGGACGGUACGAAGAUUCAGGGCAGAGUGAUCAGCGUUGCGAUAAGCAAGCCGCCCGAGCGCAAGAGGACCCAAACGGAGGAAAACGCGGAACAGGUGAAGUCGCUAGGCGGAACGUCGACGAGCCGUACGGCAUUCGGCGUGCCCAAGACUCUGCUGUCUAUGGUUCCCCGUAAUGUUAAAAAGAGUAGCAGUAAUGGCAGUGCAGCGCCGGACAGUAGUACACAGUCGAUGAGCAAUCAGGAUUUUAGGAAUAUGUUUUUCAAUAAAUAACUUGCUGUGUACGAUCAUGUUUUUUCUCGAUCUAUUGAUAUUGCAUUGAUUUUAAAACUUAUAUCGGCUACGUAUCAACAUAAAAACUUAUAUGUUAGUAAUACUGUUACAGUGAUUAGUUCUGCCGUUAAAAAUUCAUCUGGCAAAAGUGCGUUAUAUAUGUAUAUUGAUAUACAUGUGCUGUUAAAAAAAAAAAAUCAAAUGUGCGGUGACUACAAAAUUCCGUUAAAAACUUUCAUAUAUAUUCUGUAUGCGGAUGUAUCAAUACUUUACUUUUUAAAUUUUUUUUUUUUACAUAUGCAAAUGUACGUUUUUUUUUUAAGAUUUUAUGUUUUUGGAGAUGCCACAAUUCAUAGAGAUACACAAUUACUAAUUUAGUAUUAGUCAAUCUAAAUUGUUCGUACAAAUCAAUUUCUUUUCAUUUCAUGUUAAGAUAUAGGAAAAAAUAUAUCACAAGAGAUAAACGAUUAUAUAAAAUAAAUACUUUUAAUACGUAUAUAUAAAAUUAUUGAUGUAUGUAUAUACAAGAGAGAGAGAGUAUAUGAAGAUAUAUCGCUUGAAA